AAUCCGGAUUUUGAAUCUUGGCCAGAGAAAAACUAACAGAAUAAUGUACGUGUAUUUUGUUUCUGCAGCCUAUAAAAUGUUGUAGUUAUCACAUUUCCAAUUCUCCAAAGUAGCAGCAACCAUUUAAAGAAAGAUCAGAAGAAGGAAGAAGAGACAGAAAGUCCAAAAAUGGGUUCUAUCUCACAAACUAAAAAACCACAUGCUGUAUGUAUCCCAUAUCCAGCCCAAGGCCAUAUCACCCCUAUGCUAAUGCUUGCUAAGCUUCUCCAUCACAAAGGUUUCUACAUAACUUUCGUCAACACUGAGUACAAUCAUCGUCGUCUUCUCAAUUCGAGAGGCCCCAACUCGCUCGAUGGCUUGCAAGGUUUUACAUUCCGAACCAUUCCUGAUGGCCUUCCGUACUCGGAUGCCAACUGUACUCAAGAUCUUCCAGCACUUUGUGAAUCCACCUCCAAGAAUUGCUUAGCCCCUUUUUGUCAUCUUAUUUCAAAACUCAACUCAAUAGCAGCUUCUCCUUCUAGCAGUAUGCCCCCAGUUAGUUGUGUUGUUGGUGAUGCUGUUAUGUCUUUCUCUAUGUUGGCUGCCAAUGAAUUUAAUAUCCCUUAUGCUUUGCUUUGGACUUCCAGUGCUUGUGGCUAUCUUGGUUAUUUGAAAUUUUCUGACCUCAUAAAGCAAGGCUUAAUACCACUCAAAGAUAUGAGUCGAGACGAUGUAUUAGAAAAUACAAUAGAAUGGACUCAAGGAAUGAAAAAUAUACGUUUGAGAGACCUUCCUACUUUUCUUAGAACUACGGAUUUAGAUGAUAUCAUCUUCAAUUUUAUAAUCCAACAAAUGAAAAGAUCUCGAGAAGCAUCUGCAAUUAUAUUAAACACAUUUGAUGCAAUUGAAGGAGAUGUCAAAGAUUCUCUUUCUUCUAUCCUUCAAUCUAUUUACACCAUUGGUCCACUUCACAUGCUUGCCAACCAAAUAGAUGAUGAAAAUCUAACAGCAAUUGGCUCAAACCUAUGGGCUGAGGAAUCGGAAUGCAUUGAGUGGCUUAACUCUAAGCAACCCAACUCAGUUGUUUAUGUGAAUUUUGGUAGCAUCACAGUGAUGACACCACAACAGUUGAUUGAAUUUGCAUGGGGAUUAGCAGAUAGUGGGAAGACAUUUUUGUGGAUUACAAGGCCUGAUUUAAUUGCGGGAGAUUCAGCCAUUUUGCCUCAUGAAUUUGUAACGCAAACUAAAGAUAGAAGCUUGAUAGCAAGUUGGUGUUGUCAAGAACAAGUGUUGAAACAUCCUUCAAUAGGAGGGUUUCUAACACAUAGUGGAUGGAAUUCAACUAUUGAGAGUAUAUGUGCUGGCGUUCCAAUGAUAUGUUGGCCUUUCUUUGCUGAACAACAAACAAAUUGUUAUUAUUGUUGCAAUGUGUGGGAGGUUGGAAUGGAGAUUGAUAACAAUGUGAAAAGAAAUGAAGUAGAGGAGUUGGUGAGAGAGUUAAUGGAUGGAGAAAAGGGUAGAAAAAUGAAGGAGAAUGUUAUGAGUUUGAAGAGUAAAGGUGAAGAAGCAUAUAAACUUGGUGGUUGUGCUUGGAAGCAAUUGGACAAGGUGAUUGAUGAAGUUCUUCUAUCAAACAUAUGAAGCCAUUUGAUUUAAAAUUUGAAACUACAUAAUAUAAUCAAAUUUAUCCUUUAUUCUUGCUUUGUUUUCUUCUUUAAUUUGGUUACCUUUAUACUCAAAAUUAAGUGUGUGUUUAUUCAAUAAAUUCCUCCUAUAUUUGGUGGCUUUGUGAUCAUAUAUUUACUUAUUCACCUGGGUUAUUUGAAAAAAAUGGGUGUUUUCAAAACUAUUUGAGUAAAAUAAAGUGAUUUUUUUGUCC